AUGGUCGAGGCUGAAUCUGAGUCGGGUGUAGUCUUUGUCCGUGUGGGCCAUGAACCCAUCUUUGACGACAAAGGCAGUCUUAUGCCAUCACAGUUUACUACAAAUAGUACCAUUCAAUCAGAAACGAAUUCAUUAUAUGGUGGCGGUUGUGGUCAGCGGCAUGGAGAUGCUCAUACUAUAAAUAGCGGGUUAGGCACGCCUACGGACAAUUACAAUUACCGCAACCAUAAAGGCGCCCAUUGUGGGCUUGUCAAGAAGCGUAGUAUAUCUAGUACCUUGUCAUAUAUCUCAUCUUCUAUAUCCAAGAUCCUUUCGCCUUAUAACUCCGAUGAAGACUGGUCAUUUGGUGUACUUCCACCUGCAGAUGCGCUGCCGUUUGAAGACCAAGAUACCAACCAUUCACCUGCUUUCAUUAAUAAGGACGAUCAUGUGUUUAUGAGCAAUGAUUUUACAGGAGAUGCAGGCCCGACACAUGUGGUUCGUUGCCAAACUGCUGGUGAUGAAAACCGUCUUGGCAAAUCUAUGGCAGUUGCUAGCACAGAUCCAGCCAUAAAAUCAAUUCCCUCUACGCCAACUUCUGCACCAUCUCAAAUCCAGCCCAAAAUGCACCGUGCUUCAUCGCUGCAUUUCACUCCACUGUGGGCACUUGGUGCAUCCAGGUUUCCACAUAAACGAUCGGCAUCUGUAAUAGCUUUUCCCGAAGAGUCCAACUGCACUUCAAAAGCAGCUACUCUCCCUACAUUUCUCGAUCAAACUCCACCUGUAUAUCUCACUUGGUAUCUUCAACGUAGCGGCUGGAAUGAUGUUGCUGUUGUUGACGUGUCUGGACAGCAAAUCAUGCAGUUUGUCGCCGUUUCGUCACAUAUGCCAUUGGAUCUUAAUGUUCAUCGACAUAAUCAAAAGGGAAAGAUUAUGUUUUCUAUUCGCCAGUCUUCCACUACACCCAACACAAUCACCGUUGUUGGAGCGGAUCUUGCUACCGAGGUUUUCAUUUCCAAAGAUCAUACAUCCGAUACAUGUUUUAUAUUCAAUGCUCCCGAUGGACAUAUUUACUCGUGGACUGCUCAGUAUAUAGCUAAUGGAGAGCUGGAAUUAUCGCUGUUUUCUGUCACAAAAAUCAUUUGCCAUUUUCGUAGAACAAACUAUUCGUUUACUCGGCUUGGGAUAUUUGAGAUUUUACCAGAGGCUGCCCACAUGGUGGAAAUUAUUGCUGCUACUGCUUAUGCACUCGCGACUCUUUUUUGA